AUGUUCGGCAACUUCGUCGAGAACCUGGGACUCAAAGAAGGUUUCGCGGAAUUCAAGGAACAACUGAACAAGGAUGCCAAGACAACGAUUGCCAACACCCAGUUUGCCAAGGACAGGGGUAUCGAUGUGGCCAAGCUGGACGAGUGGGAGCAGCAGAUACAAGAGCAGGCCGCCAACACGACAGCAGAGCUGCACGAUCGUACCAUUGGACGUGCGGUGGAGAGCCUGGCACAGGACGAAACCAUUGCCCAACUCCUGGAAUUGCAGUCUCUUGAGAAGGAAGCAGCGGCAGAGGAGCCGUCAGAAGCUGCCACUGCGCCUGCGGAAAGUGGCCCGGCUUCCAUGGAGGAGGCGCCAAAGAUCGCCCACGAGGAGGCCAAGGCCAAGGCGGCCAAGCCCAGGUCACAUCCGGACGCAGAGGCAAAGGACAUCCAGUCCUUGCAGAGAAGCCGUGACGAGGCCAUGGCGCAAGCAGAAGCGCUGCAGGUGCGCCUGGCCGACGUCAGUGCCGUUUCGGAUGAGGCUUUAGAAAAGGCCGCCCACGAGGCCUGGCUCCUGAAGCGAGCCGUCGAGGAGAAAGAUGCAGCGCUCGCGUCCGCGAGCGAGGUGCAGGCAAAACUCGAAGAGCAGAUGGUGACGGCUCAAAGGCGGUUGGAGGAUCUAGAGGCAAACUUUUUGGAGCGACUUCAGCGUGAAGUGAGCCAAAAAGAGCAAGAGCUCUUGGAUGAGGUGGCAUACCUUCGAAGAGCCGGCGAAGCGAAAGAGCGACGGGUGCAGGACCUGCAGGCCGAAAAUGGAGCACUGGAGCGUCGGCUUCUGGUGAAAGCCAGCUCGGGAGUCAGCGAUGCUGGAGACGUCAUGCUCGAGGCCCACACAGCAAUUGCGCAAGCCUUCGGUGAUUUGUCCGCACAGCAUCCAUGCCUGCGGCUUCUGGAUGAACCGAUCCUGAGGCUGCUGGCCCUGCUUUUCAAGCAGCCGCUCUUCCGGCGGAUGUUCGUGGGCCAGGUCUGCUUGAAUUGUCCCGACAGAGUGUUGCGGAGCUCUGAUGUUGCAUGCCAAGUUCGUGGCCUCCGCCUUCCUUUGGGCGUUCAGCUUGCUCCAUGCACUGACAUCUGUGCCGGUAUCAUGAACGGCACUUCGCCCCUGUACGAAAAAGUGGGCCCAGAAACUGACGGCAACCCGCACAACGGCUUCCCCACAGAUCUGCGUGUGUCGACCUGUCUGUCGCUUGUCGAUCGGGUCUUCCCGCUGUCGGAAAAGGAUCCUUCUGAAAAGUGGGCGACCAGGUCUGGCGCCAUGGCAGAGUACGGUGAGUACGAGCUUUUUUUGAAGCAAGAGCUUGAGAAGCUGCAUGAGAAGUUGGUGGAAAAGUACCAGCUUGACGUGCAAUAUGCAAAUUAUGCAAAGGAGGGGUCCUGCGAGCAAGUCCAAGCCGUGACAGACACGCAGCAGCCCAUCAAACCUCGGCCACCCUCACGUUCCGCGAGUGGCUUCAUCAGCAACACCAGUAGCCGAGCGAAGAUCGAUCCUCCGGGGGGUUCCCUUGGGGCCCUUCAGCUCAGAGAUCGUUCCUCGGCUUUUCCAAGCUCCUCGUCACUGGGCGGCUUCCAGGCAGUCUCACCAGUCCUAAGCAACUGGGCAAAUCUCACCUCCAAGCUGAUGAACACAACCCACCUUGCGGAGUCCGACAGCGAGGACGAAGAGGUCGCAUCUUAUGUCAAAGACAUACUGACUAUCCGCCCUCAGUGGAAGACUGCUUUGCAGCAGCAUGCGUUGAAGCGCGAGAAGACCCAAAAUUUCAAGUCGUCAACACCGCUUAGCUAUACGCCCCGAAUGAAAGAUGCAGCCACGGAUGGCUCCUGUCUUCAGCCACUGGUGAGAAAGCCAAGCAGCAAGCUUCAGAUUACUUGGUCUCUCCUCGGUGUCUUGUUCAUCGUCUGGGAUAUGAUUACCAUCCCUUUGGAGCUCUUCGACGACGAAGAUAUGAUCUCCUUGCUCCUGGUGGUAGGCAGGUUUACUUUCGGAUAUUGGAUCCUUGAUAUGCCGCUUCAUGCGAUCUUCGGCGUGGAAAUUGACGGACAUCUCGAGUUGCGUCCACGGCAGCUGCUCAAAAGAUAUUGGCGGUCCUGGUUCGGCAUCGACCUGAUGGUAAUCUCCAUCGAUGCAGCAUUGCUCUUUGCGGAGCUGGUGCAAGAUCGAGCACCUGCGCCGGCACGAUCUGCUCGAUACCUGCGAACCUUGCGACUUUUGCGGCUGCUGCGGCUGUUGCGUGUAGCAAAGCUGCAGCGUGAGUUGACAAAACUCGCCAACAGCUUCCUUUCCACGUAUGCCUUCAUGGUCAUGCGGGUGGUGUCCGGGCUGAUGAUGAUUUUGGCCGUGAACCAUAUCAUCGCGUGUUGCUGGUAUGGCUUGGGGCGCUGGACUCUUGAGGAUGGAAGCAGUUGGCUGCUAAACGCCGGAAUCGCGGACGCGUCCCUCGCGGACUCCUAUGCGACUUCAAUCCACUGGGCACUUACUCAGUUCACGCCUGCAACAAACAAUGUCGCUCCGGUCAACUUCGUGGAGAGGUUCUUCGCAGUGUGGGUCAUCCUUCUGGCCAUGGGGACGUUCUCUUCUUUCAUCAGCUCAAUCACUGCCACCGUGAGUACCUUGAGGGCUUCGAGGUCCGAGCAGUUUAAGCACCACUCCUCCUUGGUGCGCUUCUUCAACGAAAGGAACCUGUCGACCGAAACUUACGCAAAGAUCAACGACGCGCUGAAGAAGCAGGGAAUGUAUGACAUCCGCCUCAAGGAGACGGAGGUCAGUCUCUUGCGAGGCGUUCCCGAGCACUUGAAGGUCGUCCUCCAUGAAGAGAUGUUCAUGAACUCUCUCUUGUCUUUGCGUAUCUGGGAUCACUGGAGCCAUGAGGACGAUCUGUUAAUCCACCGGCAAAUCUGUCAUCUCGCGAUGGUCGAGCAUGUGGCCUCCCCUGGGAACGAUGCCUUCAUGCCUGGCACGGAGUGCACGGAGGUCUAUCUUCUGGACCAAGGCAAUAUGGGCUACAUUGCCAGGCAAUUCGCCACCUUCGAAGCAGAGUUUGUCUCUCCAGGCCAAGUGUUGUGCCUGCCAUGCCUUUGGGCGGAAUGGCUUCAUCGCGGGCGCCUAACCGCGAAUGGUGGUACAACCGCGUAUUACAAUGGGAUCAACUGCGAAAAGUUCUGCAGCCUCGUCAAACAGCAUGGAAAUCCGCUGUGGCAGUAUUUACAAAUCUACGGAAUACUUGUCAUCGGUGAGAUCGAACACAUGGAUGCGGAGGACAUCUUCGUCACAGACAAAACCUUAGCUGAAGACAAGAUGCACGAUAUCGCAACACGUGCCGGGCGCUUUGCAGACAUGGUCAACAACCGCCACGACUCAGAGAAGGCGUCCUUCAUGGCAACACUAGGCGAGGCCGGCCGGGCUUUUGAACCGCAGCAUCGGGCAACGAAAGCAACCGACAAAAACUGGCAGGAAAUCCUCACCGUGACCCUGGUACGGUAUCAAGCGGGUCUUUGUGAGAUACAGGGCGGCUACCGGCUAGCCGCACGUUUGAGCGCAAGCACUGACGUAGCCCAGGGUUUCGAAUUGGUCACAGCACCAGAUUUGUGCUGUAAGUUCGAAGGAGCUCGGACAAUUGCUACGACGGUACCUGAGGUUGAUGCCACGGAAGAGCUGCGGACGGUCUUGGCGCAGGAGUUCCGCCUCCUCAAAGAGGAACUGAAAGCCGAACUGGGGCAAAUGCUGACAGAGCUCAAACAGGAAGCCACAACGCGGUGCUGCUGGAGUCGGCAGGCUGGCGACGGAUUUGAAACCGGCCCCACGCCCGGUGCUUCGGAUCUUCCAGUGGCCCCCAAGGACUGCCAGAUCUUUUUGGAGGAUACAGGCGAUAUCGCGCUCGACUCGUGUGAGACCUCACAGAUUGAGUGUGAGUACAAUGUGGACUGGCUCAUAGGCCCUCUGGCCACCUCCGGCCGGCGCGUGCCGACAUGCGAGCUCUCCAGGCCAUUCUUCGAGUCCGAUCUUCAGGAGUUUGAUGGCGCUGGAGACGCACGCCAUUGGGAGAUGCUGGCAACAAAUGCUGGAACCAUCAUCUCGGGCUCACGUCGUCCCUUGGAGCACUGCCUGAGGUUACAUCCCGUUCUGGACAACAUAUUGCCGAUGCUCCCCGUUAGAGAGAUCUCGCAGCUGCGACAAUGUGCUCGCAAGCUGGUACAAGCGGAGGUGCCCAAUGAUGUGAUUGCUGCCUCCGCGAACAUGGCGCGCAGCAGCGCAGCCGACAGCAGCUGCAGCAAUAGGCCUCCUGACUCGACCGUUGCUGUGAGCUUCGAAGAGUUGCAGCAGCUGACUUCGUCCAGGCUGGACACUUUGCUGAAGAAGGUCUACCAGCGACAAGACGAGUCUUCUGGUGCCAUGGUUGCCCGCAUUUCAAGCCUGGAGCGACAGAUUGGCAGGCUCAUUGGUCAGUGA